AAGAGCAAACACGUAUGUACUGAACUUUGGAGCGGAACAUGAAGGUAUUUAGACAGUUGGGAAAGAUUUCUGCCUGAAGGGAAAAAUCACAGAGAAAAUGGUGAAGAUUUAUCCCAUUAUUUUGAUAUGCAGUUUGCUGCUAGAAACCUGGCUUUCUUCUGAAGCUUCAGUGUUUCUGCCGAGGGAUCUGGCGGGCUCUCUUUUAAAGAGACAGAAACGCUAUAACACAGGUAGAUUAGAGGAGAUGAUGAAGGAUAAUUUGGAGAGGGAAUGUUAUGAAGAGCGCUGCAAUCUAGAGGAGGCCAGAGAGGUUUUUGAAGACCAGGAAAAAACUAUGAAAUUCUGGAUCACAUAUAUGGAUGGAGACCAGUGUCAGUCAUCCCCCUGUCAGAAUGGAGGGAAAUGUGAGGAUGGGAUGAACACAUACACCUGCUGGUGUCCAGCGCGCUUUAGUGGGAAGAACUGUGAGUUAGAAAUGGCAAAACAGUGUAAAGUAAAUAAUGGAGGCUGCAUGCACUUCUGCAGUGUGGAUAAAAUUUAUGGUGCAGUGUGUGACUGUGCCAGGGGUUACAGACUGGCUCUGGAUGGCAGGACUUGUGAACCUACAGGGCAGUACCCAUGUGGACGUCUUGGAGCGAAUAUUGCUGAAACACUUAAGACAAGGUCUCUUAUCAGUGCCGAGAAUGGAAAUCAAAGUCUCUCUCUCAAUCACAUCAAUACAACAGAGUCCAGUCCUACAGAUCUUCCUGAUGUGAACGGGACUAGCACACCUCAGCCUACACUGGAAAACAUCACCUCAUUCUUUCCCACUCAGGCCUCCAACACUGGAAAUCGUAUUGUAGGAGGAAGCGAGGCAACACCAGGGGAGAUACCAUGGCAGGUGGUUUUUAUGGAAAAGGUGAAUAAGAUUGCAUUUUGUGGCGGCUCUCUCCUCAGUGAUGAAUGGGUCAUUACAGCUGCCCACUGUGUUGAAGGAAAGGUGGGAUCUUUCUUCAUCAGAUUGGGGGAGCAUGAUGUGUCAAAGAAUGAGGGAAGAGAGAGUGACUACGGCAUAGAGGAGUACCAUAUCCAUCCAAGUUACAACUCUCAACGGAGUCUUUACAAUCAUGACAUCGCCCUGUUAAAGCUCAAGGGACCCGCCAAAUUCUCUGACUACGCCCUGCCCAUCUGCCUGGGCUCGAAGGACUUCACAGAGAACUUGCUCAGGAGUGCAGAAAACUCCCUGGUGAGUGGCUGGGGGAGGCUACGGUAUGGGGGCGUGGAAUCUAAAACACUUCAGAAAGUAGAGCUCCCUUACGUGGACCGGACCGAGUGCAAAGGCAGCAGCACCGACACCGUCUCCCGCUUCAUGUUCUGUGCCGGUUACAGUAUGAUACACAAGGAUUCCUGUCAGGGGGACAGCGGCGGACCCCAUGCCACCCACUAUCAGAACACAUGGUUCCUCACGGGAAUCGUCAGCUGGGGCGAGGAGUGCGCUAAAGAGGGAAAGUAUGGCAUCUACACCCGUGUAUCCAAAUAUAUGAACUGGAUAAGUAACAUUACUGGCAUCAGAACAGGACAUAUGUCCAAUACUGAUCAACAAAAUGGGAAUUAAAUUAGGCCGUUGUGUGACUUACAAAUGAGUAGAUGAUGGAAGCAAUCAGAAUCAACAAAAGAGAAAUGAUAUGCAAAUGCUAUUAACAAGUAACAAGUCUCAGUUAGCCUAAUGCAGUACUCUUAGCAAGGUUUUUUUAAAUCAUAUAAUAAAGAAAGAAAGAAAGAAAUGAAAAAAAUUAAAAUAAAAAGAUAGAAUAGGAAAAGAAUAGAGCAAGCUAGUGUUAGAGGCCUUUUUUGCUUUUGUUAAUUGUAUAAUAAAUAAAAAAGAAAACAGAUAAAAUACGUAAAGAUUAGAGAAGCUAAAGCUAGUUUCAUUUUUAGUAUCAUACAAAUACAUGUCAGAAUGAAUUAGAGCUCACGCAUCAUUUUGUACAGAUGAUAUUUACUAGUCAUCAUUCAACAGACAUACUGUAACAAUCAAGAAAAAAAUAUAGUUUUCCAUUACACUUUGUGCUUGUACAUGUAGUGAAAUUAUUUUCAUACAUGAUAUACAACAAAGCAGUAUGAGUCACGUUCAUCUUUGUAACUCUGUACAUAUUAUACACUAGAAGUGUAUGGCUUUAAGAAGUGCACUUCAAACUGAGUACACAUGAACCCAUUCAGACCACUUUUCUCCUCCCUUAUCAAGCCCUCUUUUAAACUAAUGACAUGCAAAUGUACACGACUUUUUAAAAGUUUGGGGUCAUUUUUAAACUGUUUUAUAAUACAAUUUAAUUUAUUCUUGUGAUGACAGCUGAAUUUUCAGGAGUCAUUCCUCCAGUUUUCAGUGUCACAUGAUCCUUAAGAAAUUAUGCCAAUAUGCUGAUUUGGUCUCAAGACACAUUUCAUAUUAUCAGUGCUGACAAAAUAUAAUGUUUUGUGAAAACUAUGAUUUUAUCCAGCAUCCUUUGAUGAAUAGAAAGUUCAGUAAACAGCAUUUAUUUGAAAUAGAAAUAUGUAUCAGUGCCUUUACUUUCACUUUUAAAAUCAAUUUAAUGCAUCCUUUCUGGAUAAAAGUAUGCAUUUCUUUUCAGGAAUGUUUUUUUUUUUUUUAAUCUUACUGACCCCAAACUUUUAAAUGGUACUGUAUUUAUUCAUUGCAGUUUUUAAUGAGGUUAGCUAAUGUACAUUCAUCGUAAUGGUUUCUAAGCAAUUAACAAAAGUUAAAUGCACAUUGUGAGUGCAGGAAGUUUGACAGAGAAAAAGUUAUUAGAUCGAACAAGUUUACAGUGGAAGUUAUAAUGAUGUAUACCACAAAGUUUUAUUUCAAUGACAAAAACUGACCCAAAAAUGGUGUAAGUGAUUAAAAAAUGGAUUUAUAAAUCAAAAUGAAUUAUGCUGUUUCUACAGUAAAUCUGUACAAAACACUUUGAAAUCUAAGAAAAUUUGCUAAGUAGCCCAGAACAGCCAUAUCUGAACUGACUUAAAGUGUAUGAAUAUAAACAUGGAUCAUCUGAAGGUGAGCGAUAUGUUUUUAAGCAUAACUCUGAAGCAAUAAAGCAAUCACAUUACUGAAAA